UGAGUUCUGUCAGGGUUCUUUGAUGUGACAUUUGCGUAAUUAUGGGGACGCAGUGUUUGAGAAUCAUUUGUAUAUUAUUGUGAACAUCAGCGUUAUUUUACUCUGCAUGUGAUUGAAAUAUACCUUUAACAUAUUGUGGAACUUCUUUAGCUUCAUAUUGUGUACUUUAAAGUUCUAGACCGAGAGGUUUAAAUGUAGCUAUAAAAACAUCACGGUGCACGGUGUACCCAGUUGGAAAACGCCCAAAUUGUCGACACAAAAUGGAUGAAAACAUUGAUAGCAAUGUUGCCGUUCUGGCUAUUUUAGACAACCAAUCUACACCAUACAAGCCGAAUAUGACUAUAACAAACUAUAAUCACAGCCAUACCAUAACUCAAGAAGAAACAGAUGUAAAUGAGACUAAUAAACAAAAUGUUAUUUGGACAAAAAAUGCAACACUCAUGCUUUUAAGUUUGUAUGAAACAAAAAUGCAUAUGUUGGACAAUCCAAAAAAGAAAUCAAAGAUGUGGCUAUCAAUAGCGGAAGAAUUGAAAUCUUUAAAUGUUGAGGUAACUCCAGACCAGGUCAGAUGGAAAAUAAAUGCCCUUACAAAAAAAUAUAAAGACUGCAUUGACAAUGGACAAGGUGCAAUGAGUUUCAAAUAUUUUAAUGAAAUGCACCAAAUUCUGGGGCGAUAUAGUGAUAAUACUGGAACUUACAGACUUGCUUCAGGUGUUAUGCAAGGACCAGAUGAUCUAGAUAAAACUAAAAGAAAUAUUUCUCUAAAAGGCUCAGCCCCUUUCAGAAGAUUAAGAGCAGAAAGAAGAGCAAAAAUAGAAUUAGAUAAACAAUGGUUGGAUUACCUCAGAAAACAAGAAGAUCAAAAACAGUUACGAGAUGAGAGGUACGAAAGAAAUUUAAGGCUGAGGCAAGAAGAAUUGCAAUUAAGGAAAAAAGAACUGGAAAUCAAACAAUCAUUAGCUUUAAAAAAACUACAGCUGAAGGAGCAGAAACAAGAAGAAAUGCUAAAAAUUGAAAGAGAAAAAUGUGCACUCUUGAGAAAAUUGAUUGAAGAUCAAGAUUUAAUGAGGCAAUAAAAAUUAUACAAAUUUA